GGGAUAGUAAAAACGUGUUCUGCACGCUGUAACCACUUAAUGGAUUAGGACAUGUCCGAGUAGUCGUAUUAUAGUGGCCAUCAUGGUAUUCCCCUACCUGUCAUAGUAGCAUGGGAUUCCCCCGUCUGACGUUCUUGGCACGGGAUUUUCCCUUCCUAACACAAAUAUAAGCGGAAGAAAGCGAAACCGAAGCGAAAUAUUAAGUGAUGUCUGGAGAGAAAGACGAAAUGUUAGCCGGCCGUGGAGGUAAUGUUGUGUGUUGGCAUAAAAUGGUUGAGGCUAUCAAUGCCGUUUGUCAGCUCACAAUUAUUGAUGGAUCUGGAACCACAGGCACUAACGAAAGGUAAAUUCAACCUAAUUAAAAUCUUAUACAACGACCAAGAACAUUUCAUCGUAGAACAUUUCAUCGUAGAACAUUUCAUCCAGAACUUUUCAUCCUCAACAACAUUUCAUCAUAUGUAUAUCAAUUAUUAUGCAAUUAUUAUGCCUGAGGUACGAAAGCCAGCCCCAACCUCGCAAGCCAGGGUCUUUAUUUCCGCACGGGCUGGCUUGCGAGGUUGAGCCUGCCCCCGGCAAUUCCAUGAAUAUGUCAUGGCUUUUUCUAAAGCUCUUUUAUAGUCUGCUCUGUAUGACUGUAGGAAGGGAAGUGGAUCUCUUGUACGGUUGAAACUCGAUGGAAACAUCAUCAGUGCGAUCCUCACCAAUCAUCAUGUUAUAAAAAAUGAUGAAAUGGCAGCAAAGACAUCCAUUACAUUCAACUAUGAUGGUAAAGGUGAACCAAUGAUCAUCAAUUUAUAUCCCGAUAUUUUCUUCAGAACAAGUCGGGUAGGUUUUCAUCAAUAAUAGACAAGAAACUUUUUAUUUGAUUUCAAUACACGGGUAAUUUUGUUGAAAAACGAUCGCGUUGAUGGCCAAGACUUAUAACCAAGCCGAAAGUGUUUGAAAAUCAGAUGAUUAAGUCGUUAACGGCUUUCAUGGAAAGUCGUUAACGACUAAUGGAAGGAUUGUCUUACAUGGAAAUUCCCAAUUUAAGGAAGAAUUUGGAAGAAGGUGGCCUAAUUUAUAGGCGUUUAUAUAGUACUAUAUAGAUAUGCUACUUUAUCAAACUAUAUAUAUGCAACGCUUAAGUUGAUUCUUGUGUUUUGUUCAUGAGUUACUCCUGCCAUAAUUCUCCUUUGAAUCCUAGUCAGUUCCUGUUUUCGCGUCCCGCAAAACCCUUCUGGGCUACACUCAAAAACGGGGAGGGGGGCAAAAGGGGAAAAUUUUCCCGGGCCCCUAUUUGAAGCCCCCCCCCCAAAAAAAAAAGGUAAGGAAUUUGCAGAGGAGGGCCCCCAAAUGCCGCUUAUGUGCUUUCGGUAGAGAUCAAUUGAAACCUGCUGCUUGCGAUUCCAGUACAGCGCUCUGACCAUAGUGCUGUGAUUCUUUUAUAGGACUACGACUUCACCUUGGUCGGUUUAAAACCAGACGACAUUGAUUCACUUCACACAAAACUGGAUAUCCGUCCACUUCGACUGCAACGUAUUUCUGAACAUGACGUGUAUAAUGUCAAAAUUGUCCAAAUUGCGCAACAUCCCCAAGGAAAACCAAAACGGUUCAGUAUGGGCAGGGUUUGUGAAAUCCAAGAAAAAUACAUUCUCUAUGACGCCGAUACCACUGCCGGUUCCUCUGGGUCCCCUGUGUUCUAUGUCCGUGACGAAGAUUGUUGUGUUCUAGCAUUGCACAAGUCAGGUGGCGUGGUGACGUCAUCAUGUAAACAACCAGUGAAUAAGGGAGUGUUCAUUAAUAUUAUUUUGGAUUAUCUUAGUGGCGGUAAGUUGUUGAGAAUGGUUAGCAUGUCAUGAAGAGUGAGGUGGAUAACAAACCGAGGCCUGGAUAAUUCUCGAUACCAUACGAAAACCGAAUUCAGUAAUUGUUUUAUUAUAUAUUCAAAAGCUAGAAAGAAAGCAAAGCCACUUUGUUUACACUUUUGGAAUACCGCGCCGGGUAACCGGUCCAAAAAAGUAUUAUUGCAUGCUGAUGGCGUUUGUGUUCGAAUACAUUUCCCUAGAACACACGCCCUUUCAAUUGCACAUAACACUUAACUCGCCGUUACGUUAUAUACUGUACUAGUGUGCUUGAAUAAAUUAAGGGAACAAAUGGAAAGCAAAGCAACACCUAAAUAUUCCUUUGACCUUGAUUAUAUGAUACACAGGACAAUUUUCAACCAUGCCACGACUUAAGCUUGUGACAUAUAUGAGCCUCUUAUAGCUAGUAGUUAAAUAUCAGGAAUAUUUCAGGCAAAAUAGUAUAAAAUUUGCGACUCGGAAUUACCAUCUAAAACUCCUUCGACUAGCAACAGCUAGAACCCGUUUUAUUCCGUCUAAUAUCGCGUUUAAAGAAUCCAAAUCCUAUGCAACAUGAACUAUUCACAAUGGUGAGAUUCUAAAACCAUUUUUAUAUAUAGGUCCUGUUAAAUUCAUGCAACCAACAGAACAUAAAGUGAAGUUUACUGAAUCAAAACAAGCAGGUUUCACUCCACAAGAAACUGUCCGGAUUGGCAGCAGAAUUCCAGAUAAAUGGGAAAAGAUAGCCCUCGCCACUGGAAAAUUCAACGAUAAAGAAACAGCCAUUAUCAGACUUAAUCAUAACUACCAUGAUAAUGCAAUGAAAGCGACAACGAUGUUGAGUGAUUACCAAAGGAGGUUGGGUACUAGAGAAAAUUUAGUGUCUGCUUUGAAGGAAUUUGGGGAACUUGAUUUGGCUGAAAGAGUACAGUCUAAGUAUUUUCAGACUAAGAAAUGUAAAAGUUAAGUUAGUUUACAUUUAUUUUUAGAAUUUCAAAUGCUAUAGAACUUCACUCUCUGCUGCUGUAUACCAAGAUGCUUUGGUUUGUUUCUCACGUCAUCAAGCGCACGGGAAUCGAACCCGCGACCUUUGGUUUGCUGCUAGUUCCGAAAUAUCAUGCGCUCAAACCAACUUGACCUCGUAGCUCAGUUGGUAGAGCAUUAAACCAAAGGUCGCCGGUUCGAUUCCCACCGCGGUCAUGUUAACUUUUCAGCUUGCCCAGAGUGGACACCCUCAGAUUAACAUCACAAACAUAUAAUAUUGUUCCCAGUAAACUGCGAAACGGCCGUUUUUUAAGGCGGUUUGCGAGUGACAGUUUUGUCAAUCACGAGGAUCUCACUAUUUCAGUUUAAUAAUCUGACGGUUAAAUGUAUUUUCUAGUUUUAUUUUCCAACCAGGUGCGUAGUUUUGAAUUAAACGUUACAAAUUCGUUACUGCAUGAACUGUCAAUUUAUGUACACGUAAACAAGGUUAGAGACGAGUGAGGCAAGGUUAAUGCAACAAAAUACAUGGAAUAUCUUGGUACUGUAUAUUCACCCGAAUCUAAUUUGUUCAUUUUAGAGCUUUAUAAAUUCUUAUGAACUUCCAUUUCUUGAAAAUAUCUACUAGUCAGAAACAAUCAUCUCGAUUCUGUAAUUGACAAUUGACAUAUAAUUUUGGCACAUUGCGGGACAUAUAUUUUUCAACGGUAUAAAGACAAAAUAAUUAUCACGUGACCUCGGCGGGGUUGGUUUUCGCAAUUUACUGGGAACAAUCAGCCUCGUACGCAAAGAAUGGGAAAACGUAUAUGAAACAGGAUAAUGAUGUUCAUUCUAAAGUAGUUUCUGUAGGAACAAAUCGUCUGCUUCUUGUUCUACAGCUUCUGCUUUUAGGUCAACUUCGAACUCGUACGGUAAAAUCAAUAAUCAUUUAAUACGGUUCGACUAAACAAAACAAAUACAUACAAAACUAAGACACUACACUAUGAACUAAUCGCAUAAUAUGAAAUAAAACUUACAGAUAUUCCCUCUGUUAGAGUAAAGUAAAUUCUGUCAAUAAGUUCAGACGAGAAACAGUCCGUUAGCGUUGACUUAGAUAUAGAUUCUAAAUAAUUUCGCAGUCCAAACGAAGUUCAAAUGUACUGAACGCAUGACUACACGCGUUACAUAAUCACAAUAAAUUACCAUAUAUACUAAAUUAAAAUACAAUAAAUCCGGAAGCAGGACUGAAUCCUACAUACCGGCCCCUAAAUGUUCAUAUAACAUUUAUAACUAAACUGAUCGAAAGGAUUCAAUCAAGUCCACGAUAAACUAGAGUUAACACGAAUGGUUAUUAAACUAUGUAUCGUUAUAGAGUGUCGUAGUUUCCAAAAAUACGAUUUUAUCAACUGGACGUUCC